CUGAGUUUUUGAUUGUAUGACCAAGUAAUACCGUAUGCUUUAAUCUACUUGGGAGAAAAAGCUCUUUGCGCUCUCAUAAACACUAAUAGAAAAAGUUUUGAACAAGGCCACAAAUAAGUAUUUUAAAUUAACAAAAUUUGAGCUCAUACGAUAAAAUUCUUCAAUCUCAAUCUCAUCAUACCAUACACACCCGAAACAUACAAACUUCCCACUCACCAAACCAGCCACGAACAAUUUCUCUGCACCACAGAACCCUAUGCUAUGCUACCCCCUCGAUCAAACCCCACAUUCUUGACCUCGGGACUUGGAUUCCUCCCUCGACAUCACUCAUGUUUUCCUGCGCUGCUCAAUCGCAAAGCGGGGUCGGCGAUCGCGCGGGGUAGAUUUGGGGAUUUUCGGAAUGAUGUUGGUAUUAAUGAUGGGCUGGGAAGAAAUACAUACACGCACGUACAUGUACAUGUACGCAACGCCUCUUCUUCGUCUUCGUCGACGAGAUGGAAAAGUCGGCAGGGUAAGGAUUCCUGGGCGAAGGAGGCGAAGGUUCAGGGGUUGAGGAGUAGAGCCGCGUUUAAAUUGUUGGAGAUUGAUACGAAGUAUAAGAUUUUCAAAAGGGGACAGACGGUGGUGGAUUUGGGUUAUGCGCCGGGAAGUUGGUCUCAGGUAGCAUACGAGCGCACCAAACCCCACGGCCGCAUCCUCGGCAUCGACAUCAUCCCCGCGCAACCUCCCCAAGGCGUCUCCACGAUCCAAGGAAAUUUUCUCUCGCGACGGGUCCAAAAAUCCGUCAAGAAUUUUCUUCUCGAUCCCGAGCGCGGCCGUCCGCGCAGACCUCUAUUCACCUCUCCCGACGACGACGAAAAUGUCGAUGAUCCCGCGCCCCUCGAUAUCGCCGCCGCCGAAGAACCAAGCUACAUAGAUCUCGAACGCCACAUGGACGAUAAUGAAGCCGGGGAAAUCCAUCCCACGCGCUCCGCACCCUCACAAUCACAAUCAGACGAACCGUCUCAGGAAUCCGAGAAAGACGCCACGAAAAUGGUCCACGUAGUACUAAGUGACAUGUGCGCUCCCUGGGAGCAAACCACCGGUUUUUGGAAGAGAAGUCUGAGUGACCCGUAUAAUAGGAUGAUGAACACGACCGGUAUCAAGUUUUCCGAUCACGCGGGGAGUAUGGAUCUUUGCAACGCGGCUCUGCAAUUUGCCUUCGAUACGCUGAGACCUGGGGGUCAUUUUGUGUGUAAAUUCUAUCAGGGCGCGGAGGAUAAAGAGUUGGAGUCGAAGUUGAAGAAAAUGUUUGCCGUGGUGCAUAGAGAAAAACCGGAAUCAUCGAGGAGCGAAUCGAAGGAAGCGUACUUUGUAGCUCUUAGGCGGAAUGGGUACAAUGACGCGGCAAGUUUAGGUUAUGUCAAUGAUGUGUAAGUAGAGAUGAUUGAGAAUGUAAAAUGUAUAAUAGCACGUUCAAACUGCAUGGAUGAAUAAUAUUGUGAUCACAUCCACUGUCACAUGUGCAAAUGAAGAAUUGAGCUAGGGUGGAAUCAAAUUAUUCAUG